AUGCCACAACUAGAUACAUCCACAUGAUUUAUUACUAUCUUAGCAACUACUAUUACACUGUUUAUCUUAUUUCAACUAAAAAUCUCGAAAUAUAUCUACCCACCAAGCCCAGAAUUAAAAUCCAUAAAAUCGUUAAAACAUAACACCCCUUGAGAGACAAAAUGAACGAAAAUUUAUUCGCCUCUUUCAUUACCCCUACAAUAA